AUGGCCAUAACAGAGAAGCCCAUUGUCCUGUAUCACUAUGCAAACUCUCCGUAUUCGCAAAGAGUGGUGUGGUAUCUUGCCUUGAAAGGGAUCGAAUACCAACAAUGCAUUCAGCCACGAAUCAUGCCUCGGCCAGACAUUCACCGUCUAGGCGUAAAAUACAGGCGCAUCCCCAUUGUCACAAUAGGCAGAGACGUCUACCUAGACACCCGCCUCAUCAUCACAAAACUCAAUGAACUAGAAUCCGGCCAAGAAACAGUCCAUCUCUCAGUGGCAACAACUCCAGAACAGCGAGCGCUACAGCAGCUUCUUCAAAUAUACAUUAUGGAUUCCGGGUUUUCGAGAAACGUUGUGCAGCUUGUUCUCUUCAACCACAAAGGUCUUAAUGACCCGGCGUUUGUAAAGGAUCGUGCAGAGUUCAUAGGCGGCACGACGUUUUUCCCGCGGGAGGCUUUGGAGGCGAUGCGACCGGAGGCGGUUCGUGUGGUGAAGAAUGGGUUUGAGUUUCUGGAGCGGACGUUGUUGUCUGAUGGGAGGGAGUGGCUGCUGGGAACUGAGAAGCCGAGUAUUGGUGAUAUUGAAGUUGCUUGGCCGCUGGUGUGGUUGGAGAGAGUCCAUGGAGCGAUUCCAGAUGAGUGGAUUCCGAAGGAGGAGUUUCCAAAGGUGUUUGCUUGGAUGGAGAGGUUUAAGAGUGUUGCGGUGAAAGCACAAGAGGAUUUGGGGGAGGUGAAGACGUUGACUGGGGAUGAAGCUGCCGAGCUGAUCCUGGGAUCGGAGUUUUAUGAAGAGGAAGGACAGGUUGAUGAGGGAGACCCGCUGGUUCAGCAGCUAGGGCUGAAGAAGGGACAGUUGGUGAUGGUUUGGCCGACGGAUACGGGGGUUAACCAUAAGGAAUUGGGAGAGCUGGUGAGUAUUAAUGAGAAGGAGGUGGUUGUUGAGGAGAAAGCUGAGGGGGGCGGGUCAACAAGAGUUCAUGCUCAGAGACAUGGAUUUGCUGUGGCGGCUUAUGAGGAGUAA